AUGAUCGCGGAAGCCGCGCACUGCCGCACACUGCACGGAGGAGUGCAAGCCACUCUCAACGAACUACGAGAGAGGUGGUGGGUCACGCGUGCUCGACAGCUGGUGAAAAGAAUCAUUUUCAAGUGCCAAGUUUGCCUUCGUUUCCGUCUAGAGCCAGCGGCUGCACCCACAGCUCCACUUCCGGCGGAUCGCACGCACCGCUGCCAUCCUUUCGAAGUUGUCGGUAUCGAUUUUGCCGGACCGCUCUUCACCAAGUCACACGAAGGAUCUAACAAAUCCUACAUCGCUUUAUUCACCUGUGCGACGACGAGGGCGAUACACCUGGAGCUGGUGUCCGACCUAACCGCGGCGUCAUUUAUGCUCGCUUUUCGAAGGUUCAUUGCACGAAGAGGACUUCCAGCGACAAUAUAUUCCGAUAACGCGCUCACUUUCAAACGUGCCUCCAGGGAGAUCCAAGCCCUCUGGAAGAUGCUACGCCAGAGGGAGACCCAGGAUUUCAUUGCCACGCAGAGGGUGAAAUGGAGGUUUAUCGUGGAACGUGCAGCGUGGUGGGGCGGCUGGUGGGAGCGGCUAGUCCGUACCGUUAAACAGUCUCUCCGAAGGGUGCUCGGACGACAAACGCUGACCUUCGAGGAACUCGAAACCGUCUUACUGGAUGCUGAGGCUGCCAUAAACUCUCGUCCACUCACAUAUCUUGAAUCAAGACCGACGGAGCCGGACGCUCUCACGCCGGCCCACCUGCUCAUAGGACGACGACUGACUGCACUCCCCGAUCGACCUGCCUCCCGACCGGAAAGUUCGUCCGCCGAUUCAGUUACCCGACGAUGGUUACAUAGCCAGAAAGUGGCAGACCAGUUUUGGCAACGCUGGCGUAAAGAGUAUAUGCUACAACUAAGAUCUGCGCAUCACGCUUCGGUUUCCGGCGGACACACGAUCCAAAAAGGGGACUUGGUGCUAUUACACGAAGACAAGGUCCCGCGACACGUGUGGAGAGCUGCACGAGUCACCGAGCUUCAUUAUGGGAGAGACGGACAAGUUCGCGCGUGCGAAAUUCUACUUCCCUCAGGAAGGAUUACAAGGCGACCUGUUCAGCACCUCUAUCCCAUCGAGACAGACUUUGAAAGGAGUUAA